GCGCACGGCGAUCGCGUCGCGUAUUUCAGCACGACGCGUCCAGUGUCUCGUGUUUUGCCAUCAGUCACGUCACGACAUGAUGACCUUCUUCUAUCCUGAGCAGUUAUGUCGUGUGCUAUGUCCAUGUCUCGACCACGAAGUAUCUUCGAGGUUUUCCCUGUCGAAUUGCUCGCUAUGAUCAAAGCAGAAAUCCCGAUCUCUGACCUCAGGACUCAUGUCUGCCUGUACAAGGCGGCUCUUCGUUUUGCUGAUCUAUAUGAAGACGACGAUGAAGAAGACGAGUUCUGGCAGGCAUCAUGCAUAUUGUCUGGGAUUGGCUUCAUCGAGGACGAAGAUGCAUGGACGACGUGGAAAAGUGUCGCAUUUGAAUGUCUCGACGAGGACGGGUUCUGCAAGCAUCCACAGUGCGGUGGAGCGAGGCUUGAGGCUAACACACGAGGUAUGGUCAAAUUCAUGAACCUGUCCGCCAAGCCUACAAUGCAAGAGCUACAAGAAGCAAUACUUCAAUGCAAGAAUGUUGAAUGGGUGAAUCACAGCCCUCUCCUAAAGCACUUCUGCUUUGGAUCUCCAAUGGCUCGCCGUGAACAUGGCCACUUCCACCAUCUUGAGGUAGAGGAAGACACAUAUUUGGACCACCCAGACAUUAAGGAGGACGAUCCACCAGAAUACCAGUGGAAGCUACAUCCAAUCGCACGCCGAAGUUUUGCGACAUUUCCUGUGGCUAAGGCCCUUCAUGUGUUUAAGCCUAUCGCUGACUUUGGGGGGGAUGUAGAGAACCUCUACGGAGUUACGAUGGAUGAUGUUGUGACGCGCUUGCAUGAAUCCGUGGAUGUUCAAACGUUCAACGUUCAGCAUUGAUAGAGAUGUAACGGUAACUGACCUUCGUAGCCUGAUGUAUGCUCGUACGGAUGACUGGGAGAGAGCUUUCCCCGGGGGCCGGAAUGUUGUCGAGGUAUUGCAACAUCUCAAGACAGUACGUGAUGUAUUAUACUUCUUUCGGCCAGAUGGGAUGGAAUUCGAUAGCUGGGAUGAUUUCGAAGAGGAGGAACUUGAACCGUGUGCAUACUUUGGUCUCCAAUUCCGAGCAGCACGACUUCUUGAAACAGACAACGCGUCUGACAGGCCUCGGCCUUUAUACUCAUGCCCACAAUAAGUAACCGGCGCCAGACGCGCGGCGCGUCGCGUCACGUGACUCACAUUGAUUUGAGGAGGAGACAACUGACUGUCUAUGGAACAGACGGCACUACAACUGUAUAUACAAUGUAUUAGAUAUCUAUUCUAGCUAUCUAUGUAUUUAAAAACUC